AUGCCCUGCUGGUACUACGAGAAGGAGGAACUCCUUCGGACGCCCUCCUUCCUCGACGGAGUGCCCAAUGAGGCCUUCCCUCGGUACGUGACGGCCGCCUGCUGCCUGAUGCUCGCUGGCAAGGUGGAGGAGACGCCGAAAAAGUGUCGUGACAUUAUUGGCACCGCGCGGGCCCUCUUGCCCGACUACUUGAUGGAACAGUUUGGCACUGAUCCACGGGUAUUUACAACCAUCCCUCUUCCCACAGUUCCUAGGUAUAAAUAUAAUUUUACUAAAGGACGGAUAGGCGAACGCCUUUGA